AUGGUAGAUAACUUAACGGCCGCCCGUGCUCAAUUAAAAUCUUGGAUUCGCCACUGGAAGUAUCAUAAAGGUGGUCGGCCAGACCGAACAACAGCUGAUGGCUACUGGAAAGCCACCGGAGGCGACAUCAUUGUCCGAAGCAAUGGCCAAGAAGUUGGACGGAAAAAGGUGCUCGUCUAUUAUGAAAGGAAAUCUGAUAAUAACAAUAAAGGAACGAAGACUAACUGGAUAAUGCAUGAGUUUACGAUUCAUCAGAUGAAGGACGUGGCAUGUUCUUCCAGAAAUGCAAUUCCAGAUGACAAGACGUUGGACAAGUGCAUAUGUAGAAUUUACUAUAGAACAUCAAAAUCGAGCGAAAACAUAGAGCAAGAGACACAAAGAAACAUGAUCCCAGUUCAAGAAACUCAUGUCCCUGGUGCAAAUUUGGCAGCAGCGUCGUCUUAUCAUUAUCAUAAUCAUGUACCGGCACUUGAUCAGUUGUCCUUGCAUGGUGCUUAUCUUCCCGACCAACAAGGAAGAAUUUAUGAUCAAUAUCAGUUGGUUCAUGAACCACUUACGUACAUGCAUGGCGAAGUUGCAAUUAAGAGUAAUAUUCUUCCAUCUCCUCAACCUCUUGCAAACAUUCCUGGUGAUCAAUGCAAUGUUACUCAACCUGAGACUGGUACGCAAAGCAAUGAUCAGUAUCGGCAUCGUGAUUAUGGUGAUGACUUGGAUUUCACCAUUCCAUAUUUUUCGCCUCUAUUUGGUUUUUUGUCGCCAUUGGAUGAUAAUAUAAUGGAUUCUCUUUUAGCCGAUUCGUCCAAUGCCCAAUUAGAGUCUUCGCCAAUUCCACCUGGUCAAUCAAUUACACAAACACAUUGCGUUGUGCGUGGCUUGGGGACAAAUAAUUUUGCAGCUUCCACUGAGGACUUUUAUUUACCUUCUCCUCCAAUAGAAUGGUGUGAGUAAAUUUGGUUGCGC